AUGGCUGAUGGAAAUAUAACACCUGACGUUCUAGAACAUUUAUCUCAAAGAACUACACAGAACCAUAGAGAUGGUAUAUUUGGUGAAGAGUUUAGAAAGAAAGUUAGGGAGAUAGAAGGAAGAGAACCUAUUGUACAUGACCUUGCAAACGAAAGUUUGCAAAAUGUCAUAAAAACUUACUUUGCAGACAAUGAACCGAGAAGGGAUGAAUAUUUAAGAAAACUCAAAUGGACAGUACCAAAUGAAAUGUUAGUAUUGAAAAACAUGUUCCUUGACAAAAUAAAACCAACUACAGAAAUAAAUGACGCAAGACUGAAACAUUGGGUAAAAGCUUUCCCAUUCACAAAAGAUAUUAUUGGUAACAUGGAAAGAAAACCAGAAUGGCUACAAAAACAUAUAUUUGGAAACGAGCUUAUUCCAUAUGGACAAGCUCUGUUUGAAGAGCUUGAACCGGAAACUCAGGAAAGAGUCAUGCAAACAAUACGCGAAGACUCAAAUACAAACUAUGACAAAAUCUUUCUAGGAUAUAGGUUACCUGAGAUGGGCGACCAGAGCCCAAAGGCAAAAAGGACAUGGGAAAUUUACAACAUACUAGGUGAACAUGAGGCAAAGAUGCAACAACUUGAAGCAGAGGGCAAGUUACCAAAAGCGACACCAAAGAAGAAGAGUAGAACAAAGUGA